AUGGCGGUGGUCAGGAGGGAGGGUCAGCCUUGUAUGGCGUACACGCAGGAUGCAUCCGGGUCCGCCUCGACUCCUGGAACAUUCGCGCGUGAGAUUAGGAAAGAAGUGUUCGCCGAAAUCUACAUUGGACUCGAGAGACCGCAACCCGAUGUUGUUGUUGUUGUUGUGCAUGGCCUGCAUGGCCACCCUGUGAAGACCUGGACUUCCAAGUCGAAUACAACAGACCAUGCAAGCGCAACCUCCAAGAAACUUCUUGGCUUUCCUCGCAAGCCCAAGCAAAACAGUGCCAGCGCCCCUGAACCCACAUCUGGAUUGCAAAAAACAGGACGUUUCGAGAAUGAAACGUACUGGCCAAGGGAUUUGCUACCAGGAAACCACGUCGACAUGUGCCGAUUCGAGGGUCCUGACGACGAGGGGUAUCGCCAGUUUAAGGGGGAACUCAAAAGACAUAUCACACGCGUGGGCGGACACAAAGCGCAGGAGCUGGAAAGCAUGUAA